AUGUUUCGCCUGCUGCUUUGUGCAGCACUCUUUUUUCAGCAUGCCCUAGCGCUGCAACAAACUAUCGACCUUGGAUACGCAAAGUACCGCGGAAAAGAUAUCGGCAAUGGUGUUAUACGCUGGGCUGGGAUGCGAUAUGCGCGUAGCCCAUCCCGCUUAGAAGGACUGCGAUUUACCGCACCUCAGGAUCCCAAAGAGGAGCGCGAUGUUGUCAACGCUACAGAGUUUGGACCCGUAUGUAUCGGCACCAAGAAGCCAAUCAAAGCUGAACUUGGAGGGAGCAAUUCGGAAGAUUGCCUAUUCAUCAAUGUUUUCGCGCCAGAAAGAGCCACCAACAAGAGCAAGUUGCCGGUCUACAUCUUCAUCCAGGGCGGUGGCUUCAACAUCAACGGCAAUGCCAACUACAAUGGUGCAGACUUGAUCGAUGCUGGCGACGACGGCAUGGUUGUGGUGAACUUCAACUAUCGAGUAGGGCCUUAUGGAUUCUUGGCUGGCCGUGAGAUAGUUGCGAAUUCGAGCUUGAGCUUGAACAACGGACUGAAGGAUCAGAGAAAAGCACUUGAAUGGGUUCAAAAACACAUCCAGCAGUUUGGAGGCGAUCCAAAACACGUUACCAUCGGAGGGGCAAGUGCUGGAGGAGGCUCCGUCGUAUUUCAACUUACUGCAUAUGGUGGCCGAGACGACGGCCUUUUCCACGCUGCUGCUGCCGAGUCUCCUGCCUUUCCAUCACUUCGAGACGUAGCAGAUAGCCAAUGGCAAUUCGACGAGCUACUCAAACAGACUGGAUGCGCCGACCUCAACUGUAUGGCGAACUUAGAUGCGGUCACUUUCCAGGAUGCUGUGAGCACUUUGAAGAAGCCUUUCCCGGGCGGCAAAAAUCCGCCGCUUUACUUCUGGAACCCAACAUUGGACUACGAUUUCGUGCAAGAUUACACCUUCAACGAAUUAAAGGCUGGCCAUUUCGUCAAUGUACCUACCAUCUUCGGUAGUGCCACACAUGACGGUAUCAACUUUGUACAGAAGAGCGUCAUGUCUCAAACUCGAUCUCAGGACUUCCUCACGGACCAGUAUCCCGCUUUGAACUGGGAUACCCUUCGUCAGGUUUGGGAUGGCAAUAUGGCGACCACUGGGGAUGCUCGUUGGAGAUCACUGACUGCUGAUGUUUAUGGGUACAUCCGUUAUACCUGUCCCGCUCUUAACAUUACCGAUACCUACUCCCUUAACAAAACAACCCCAACCUGGCAGUACCGAUGGAACGUCGGAACCGCGUCGCAUGUUGGCGAGUUGCUGCCAAUCUGGAACAACGCUACUUCGGCCGCUGGUGUUUUUGUACAGGCAUACUGGGCGUCCUUCAUCCGAAGCUUUGAUCCCAACACGCACGCUGCAGAAUAUUUAGUCUCCAAAGGUUCAGAGCUCCAGAGCCCGGACUGGCACUCGUUUGGCGCGAGCGACGGACAAAGAUUAAGCUUCAACGACAACAACAAAGUAAACAUGGAGGUAGUUCCCGAGCUGGAGUGGCAGAGAUGUGAUGCCAUCGACGAUAUGGGUUUGCAUCUGAAGCAACCCACGUCCGACCCCACAUCUCUCGGAAGUCGGUACGCACCUUUUACAUCAACAUAUCUGGGUGUCGCUAUCAUGACCCUGGGCUUCUUCCAAUGGGUAUACGUGUGA